CAGAAUGGACAUCAAUGUAAAUAUGAUUUAAACAUUAAUGCAUGUUAUGAAUUUAAAAUUAUUGUAUAUUUUUGUUCUUCAAACAAUUAUUUUUUGACCUUAUGCCCCUGUUUAUUAAAUCCUUCCGUAAUUGUAAUUUAAAAUGAAUUAUCACCAACCUUUCUAAACCCAAAAUUGACUGUAUAUUUAAGAUUGACAAUAUUGUCAUUGCAAAAAAAGUCUUUGCUUUUCGACACCAUAUUAUCCACAUACCGUUGUCUAUAUUGAUUGUUAAUCAAAAUUUGCAAAAUAAUUUGACCCUUGAUCCACGAAUUAUUAUUAUUAACAAGCUAAAAAUGCCAAAGCAAUGUUUGGUGAGAUCCUGUCCAAAUAAAAGUGGAUCAUCUGAACAUACUUUGUUCAAAAUUCCUGAUGACAUCAAUAGACGCACAGCCUGGUUUGAAGCUGUCGCGUCACAAUUGCCUAAAGGUUCAACCAUAGAAGAUUUAAACAAAAAAUUUGUCUGUGAUGCUCAUUUCGCUCCGUUUAUGUAUCAUAUUUCUGGAAACAGACGAAAGCGGCUUUUUUGUAAUGCUAUUCCUCAAAUCAUUGAACCUGAAACUCCGGACACGAAUAAUUUAUUACCAGAUCCUCAAGACACGAAUACUUUACUACCAGCUCCUCAAAACACGAAUAAUUUAUUGCCAGCUCCUCGGAACCCGAAUAUUCCAUUAUUGGCCGCCAAUCAACGAUCAAAAGCAUGCCAAGUGUAUAGUGAGAGAGAAAUUGUUCAGUUAAAGAAAAAAAUACUUAGUCUAGAGAAUAAAAUCAGAAAACUCAAAUUAGAUCCGCCAUCAUCUCUAAUCUACAAAAAUCGACAUAAAUUAGCACAAUAUGUUUCAAAUGAAGCCUGGGUUCUUUUUGACUGUGCUAUACAAAAUCAGCAACGUGUAACACAUGGUUUCCGUCACAGUUACGAGGUUAAAAGGUUAAGUGCGUCCCUUGCAAAUACAUGUCGAAACAAUAGAGUGGUUUAUAAGACUCUUAAAUCAAUAUUUUCUUUGCCUAGUUAUCGAACUCUUGGUAGAUUUGAAGCUGAAAUCGGUAUGAAACUGAUUAAUGGUGCCGAUGCUUUGACCAUCCCAACUAGCAACUCUAGCAUACAUAGUAUGCGAAUUGAGUGUACAAACACAAGUAAUAUGAGUACUGAGGAUAUGAAUAUCGAGAGUAUAAGUGAUGACAGCAAUUACAUGCAAAAUGCACUUGUCGAAGUUAUUCCUUCCCCAAUAAUUUUUGAUUAAGCACAAAAUUUAUUCUGAAUACUGGUUAUGUUCUUCUCUGUUAAUUUGAUUAUUAUUUCGAUCUAACGUAUUUUCAAAAAUUGUUUUUUUUGUAAAUGGAAUUUAAUUUGAUAGUUAAUUUAACAAAAUAUAAAAUACUAAUCUAUUGUAAAUAAAUUAAAUGAUUG